GUUAGUUUCGUUUUACUGAAUAGUAUCGUGUUUUGUAAAAAAAAAAAGAUUAUCAUCGUAGACUUAUAAACAACUCCUUUUUGGUCACAGAUAUUUACUUCGACAUUUACUUUAGUUUAUUGCACUAGAUUAAUCUUACUAAAGUUAUUUUCUUCAAUAUUUACUUCGGUUUAUUGCACUAUAUUAUUAAGGCCAAAAGAUGAAAUAUUCUUAAAUGCAUACAUGACGCAGAAAGCUAGAAAAAAAUAAGAAAUAGAAAAUGGGAGGAUCUCUAGAUUUAGAUGAACCAGCUCGAUCUGAACCCGAAACCAAGGGUGAAUAUGAAAUUCCCAAUAGACACUUUUUUUUAAAUGUCGUUCAAGCAACAAUGGAGCAAGAGGCAAUGCAAGCUUUCACUAUCGCAGAAUCAAGAGUACUUGGAAUUCAAAAAGAUGGUGUAGCACUAACUGAAAUGCAAGAGAAUGCAAUUGAAGUGACCGAAACCGAUCUAAAAACAGGAGCAGUUGAAGGAGUUGGGUUGGAAAGUGGAGCAAUAAAUGCUGUAGGAGCACAAACAGGAGCAAUGAAGAUUUCGGGCCUUGAAGUGACUACUGAAGCAUUUCAAACUCUGGGCAUUGCACCAAAGACAAUAAGAGGGAUUGGGAUAGAGCAAGGUGGUGCUGCUUUUACAAGGAUGGAAAGGGACGAUCUUAAUUUUGGGACUAGAUUGAAUGUAGGAGGGGAUGGCUUUUUCAUGAUGAUUGUAUCUUUCAGUGCAGUUUCUUUAGCCAUCAUUACCAUAAUCUUUACCAAUCUUCCAACUGGACCGUUCCCAUGGAUUUUUCUAAUCUUUUUCAUUGUUCUAAUACUUUUUGGAGCUCUAUACUAUAGAAAAAUGGAGUUAGAUAAAAGUUACAAGGAAAAUUUGAUCCAACAAAGCAAACUUAUUGCCAUUAGAGUAAUAGGAAAAAGAUUUAAAAAGCUUAUGCUAUCUUGUCAAAAGAUUAAAAGUCACUCAAAAGACAAUCAUUUGCCUAAUGUUCAGCUCACUUUGAAAAAGCUUGAUGUAUGUUUUGACCACUUUCACCAAAUGUACGAUCGUUGUAUUAAUUCAAUCAAUACAGUCCAGGAUGAAAUAGUCUACAAACAUGAAAAAAGUUCCUUUUUUGCAACUGCUAAAGUUUUCCAUGACAAAAUUGUACAGUACACGGUAGAUAUAAAUCAUUUAAUCCAAGAAAACAAUAUGCAUAUUCUAUUAACAGAAAUGUAUAAAGACGCUAAUGCGCUCAAACAAGAAAUACAGGAACUAAAAAAAAACUGUACUCUUGAAAACAUGGCCAAAAAAAUACAGGAAAUUUUGAGUGAAUUUGAAUCUUAUUAUUUGGACACGAUUGCCAAAGUUAAAGUAUUUCUUGAGGAACAUCAACAAGACAGGAUAAAAUUUGAAUUUGAUUCUUUUAUUAGAGAACUCAAAAUGAAGCUGAGUGAAUUGACGAAAAAUAUUGAACAAAAGAAAAUUAUGUUAAAAAAUUUAGAUAGCUAUUAUAAACAAGUAGAUGUGAAAUUUAAGAUAGUAUUAAAAAUGAUUCCAAACACUUCAGAAGAAGAGUAUAUGGAACUUGAAAAUCUAAAUGUUCAGGUGGACGAGCUGAAGAAUAAAGUUCAUAAAUGUUUUGAAGAUUAUUUUGAAGAACACAAAAAAAUUUCUAACCAAGUCGAAAAACUUGAAGACAGUUCAAACGAUGCAACGCUUAUGCUGGAAGCCUCAAAUUUAUUAAACAAAUGCAUAAAAGAUUUUGAAAAUUUAAAUUUAGAGCUGGAAAAGCUGGUGAAAGUGUUUGCUGUAACUCCAGAAGGUCGGCUUGCAAGGAAUGUAAAAAAGCUAGCUAAACACAUAUCGAAUACAAAUGAGCUCCACAUUUUUAAACUUUUAGUAAAAAUGGUUCAUGAGGAUAAGCAACAUAACUUCCGCCAUUUUUCACUUGGAGAAUGCACAGAUUUAACCAUAUCCAAAAAAGUGAUCAUGAUGGUUGGAAUGACUGGAGCAGGUAAAAGUUUGAUGCUAAAUAACAUGGUCAACUAUGUGUACGGAGUCAACUUCAAUGAUAACUUCCGCUUCAAACUAAUAUUGGAAGAUGAGGAGUUUGCAGAGCAUAAUGCAACCGGAGACUCUUUUAUUACCCACGCAGAAAGUAUGACAAGAUGGGUGAGCAGUUACACACUCCACCACAAGGUGGGGUUUAGAGUACCAUACACGCUUGUCCUCAUUGACACACCUGGAUUUGGGAACACUAGAGGUAUUAACUUCGAUGAGAGCAUCAGUAAGAGUCUGAAGGAGUUUUUUAGCAACAGAGUUUACCCUGUAGAUGAACUCUCUAGCAUUGGACUUGUCAUUCAGGCAAGUCAGGCUAGACUAACUGCAGAGCAGAUGUAUGUCUUUAAUGCUGUUCUUAACAUCUUUGGCAAAAAUGUUACUGAAAAUAUAUGUAUGCUUUUCACCUUCGCGGGUGCCCAACUUCCUCCUGCAUUGGAAACUAUAAGAAUGGAAAAAAUACCGUAUACCGAAAAAGGAAUUUUCAAGUUUAACAACUCAGCAGUUUAUGCAAAGGUUGAUGAUGAAUCCAAUGCUUUUUACUGGAAGUUCAGUUAUGACAGUCUUGAAAAUUUUUUUAGACACAUCAAAGUUAUUCUCCCGGUUAGCCCCACGCUCACCAAGGAAGUCCUCAAUGAAAGAGAAACCCUUUACCAUCUCCUAUAUGGUCUACAAAGAAUGAUCAAUGAUGGAUUUGAAACACUUCAAUCUAUAGAGAACACAACACGUGUAGUCAUGGAACUUAAGGGUACAAUGAGGGCAAACAAGGAUUUCAAAGUCACAAAGACAGUUUAUUAUCAAGAAACUAAAAUAUUCAGCCAUAAUAUCACCAAUUGCAAGGUAUGCAUGUUCACUUGCCAUGACCCUUGCUAUGAAGGGGAUAACAAAGAGAUUUGUGAAUCUAUGAAAGAUGGAAAAUGUGUCCAAUGUUCUGGAAAGUGUCCUUGGGAUAUGCACAGUAAUGGAAACAGAAUUUACACCUAUACUGAAGUGGAAAUGGUGGAAACCAUUGAAAACAUGAUGGAAAAAUUUAACAUUGCAAUGAACGACAAAAAAGCAAAAACCAAAAUUCUUAAGAAGUUAAUGAAUGUUUAUAAUAAUCAAAAGAAUAAGGUUUUUGAAGACAUCCAAGCUGCUUGCCAAGCUGCCGUGCGUCUAGAAAAAAUUGCAUUAGGAAAAAGCAUUCUUUCCAAUGUUGACUACAUUGACAGACUCAUUGAUUUAGAGAGACGCAGUGAUAAGCCGAACAAAGCCAACAGGAUUAAGCAGUUCCAGCAUUUCCGCGAACUUGCAGUUCUGUUGAGAGAUGUUCAGCACAAUCCCAACAGUCUGACAGGCGUUAUAAACAAAUACGAAGAAACUGUCAUGACUGAGAUUAAGAAAACGAAGGAAAAGUUAGACGGUGAUAUUGGUCGAGAUGUUUUUGUGUCUCCUCCAGUUAUAACAGAUGAUAAAAAAGAUAACAAAGGGAUAAUUUAAAAAGUCAUUGAUUAUAUUACGAACGAAACUUAGUAAAUAGGAGUAUAAUAUAUUUUUUCUCAAGAAAAAUAAUUAGUACCAGGAAUGAAUCAAUAAAAUCAAAAGUUAAAAAUGAUUUCCUUUUAUUGAUGAUUAAAAUUAGUUAUCAUUAACAUAAAAUAUAUAAACUUUUUUUCUAGU